AUGACCUUCAGUCCAUUUCAUCGAUGGCGCCCGGUGACCGCACGGUACUUGAGUAAUACAGCGUCUCGUUCGGCAAUGCCCGUCGUCAUUGUCGCCUUGCUCAAAUCGAGCGCCUUCACUUCAGCGCUGCAAGUCGCAUCAAAGACUGCACUGUCACUCUUCCCGCUUGCAAAGUUUGGUAUCCAGCGCGGUCCGAAGAAGACACUGGUCUAUUGGAUCUUGCUCACGCCCUUUGCACUCAUGCUCGUCGCCGUUCUAGCUGCGGCAGAACAGACGCCCAUAACCGGUCGCUGGCGAACUUUGUACAUCUCUGACGAAGAGAAGAGGGCGCUCCAGCAGACUGUCCUGCCGCCUGGCUCGGCAACUCACGAACAGUGGAAACCUAUCGUCGAUCAACUUCUCGCACGCUCUGAGCCUCUCCGUUCUUCAGACGAUCACUCGAACGAGCAGAGACCAUGUAGAAUCAUACCGGAGUCAGAUUGGAGGUAUAUCUGGUUGAAAGAUACACUGGGUAAAUUGCAGCUAGGCGUCAAUGCUCUCGCGACCGAAACGCUACUCGCGCCUGAUGAUUUGCAACAACCGCUGCCGAAGAUGCCAUUCGAUCCGGACAAUGCGAGAGCAGAGUACGAUGUCUUGCUGGUGGAGAAAGACGACGUCAAUGCGUUUGCGUUCGGUAUCGGCAACAGGGGCGUCAUCAUCGUUUUCUCAGGUCUCGUCGAUUAUAUCACUCACCGGCAUGCAUCCGAACGAGUCAGAGCUCCUCCUACACAGCCUGUUGCAGCAAGCCAGAUGGAGACCAGAUGGAUACAUGGCCUCUUUGGCGGCCUGUUCAAUUCUCUCCAUCCCACUGAUCUCACUACGCAAGCUACUCCAUCCGCGCCCACCCAAAAGUAUGAGCCGACCUUAGCAGAAACAAAGUCGAUGGCAAUCUUACUCUCGCACGAGCUAAGCCAUCUCAUACUUGAUCAUACGAUCGAAGCCUAUUCUACCAUGAAGCAUCUGUGGCCGUCUGUAAGGCACGCAGCAGUUGAUAUAACGAGGACGAUCCUCUAUCCCUUCACGGCUCUCUUCGGGCCAUUCGUCAAUGACGCCGUCAAAGCCACUCUUGAUGAAUUUUGGGGAGUCAAUGCUGCAAGAUCAGAAUCCGAUCGGUCUGCCGUCCGAGAGUGUAUGAUCUCUGAAGUCUGCGAACGAUGUGCUUCGUUUCAUCGAGAAGUGGAAGCGGAUGCCGUCUCUCUCAGGAUAUUAUCCAACUCGGGCAUCGAUCCGAGGCUGGCGCUCGGUCUCUGGACAGAUCUGGCCAAACUUCAAUCCUCAGACCCUAAAGAGACCGUCAAACGAGUGAGCAAACUUCGAUCGGAGCUCCAGAGAUGGGGCGCCCAAGUCUAG